AUGCCCGUUGCCAAAUCUCUUAAAAAAGUCGCUAAAAAAGUCAAAGGCUCGGAUAAGUCGUUGCACCCCAAUGGCCGGAAAUUCAAGCAACUUAACCGUGCCACACUACGUGAAGGAAAGCUAGCCAAGCAAAAAUCAGAACGUUCUUCUCAACGCGACCAAAAAAUCCUCAGAUACAAACAUUUCCAAGAUACUCUGAAAACUUCCGGCAAACAAACCCUCUCAGAUGACGAACUACGUGCAGCAGUACUUGCCUUUAUCGCACGAGACAAUACUACACUUGAUGAGUACAAGGCUGCGCGGCGGCCAGGCCGUCCUGCAUCUUCUGCUCAAGAUGCGUUGGAGCAGCGGAUCAAGCGUGAGCAACAGGAGCUCAAGUCUGGUUUUGUAGCUCCAGAUCUGACUGACAAGGCCAAUGCAGAGAUGUUUGCUGCAUGGAAUGGAACUGCAGGAGGUCUGAGUACAAUUAAGAAGGUGAGAGUAACGGAGGAUAAUGUGAUACGAAAUGUUAAAGAUGUUGAGAUGGAGGAUGAUUAA